CCGGUAGUGCCCUCCGGUGACCUACGCGAAAGGCCGCAUCAUGACGGAAGUGAUCGAGAUGCUGAUGAUCAUCCUGAUCGUGGCACUGUGCUUCAUCAUGAUCCCGUUCAACACCCGGCCGAGUGCGGUGCUCGAGUCGCGCCGGAAGUUUGACAUCUUCGUGCGGCUGUACGACAAGCCUUAUCGGUACGACGUGCGCGAGUACGACUAUCGCUUCCAAAUAUUCCGCUCAUCGCUGAGCCGCAUCCAGAAGCUGAACGAGCGACAAACCGGACCGGACACACCGGUCCAGGGCGGUGCGAUCUACGGCGUCACGCAGUACGCCGACCUGACCGAUCGGGAGUUCAUCGCCCAACACUUGGCCGAUCUGCUGGCAGCCGAGCAGCAGACCAUGGACGGUGGAGGACCACCGGGGGUGAUGCCGGGGGUGUCCUUGCCGCCGCUCCACCAGAAGUACGUGAUCGAGUCGCGCAGCGCCGAAAUGAAGAAUGACAUCAUCUUCUCUCGGGCGCGCCGCGAACUGAAACUUCCCAGCAAUCUGCCACUCGCCGUGGAUUGGCGCGAGAAGGGUGUGAUUGUACCGGUCAAGAGCCAGGGGAGUUGUGGGGCAAGCUGGGCCAUCAGUGUGGUCGACACGAUUGCCGCGAUGGUCGCGAUCAAGCGGAACGACCGUCAAGCAGCGGUCGAUCUGUGUCACGAGCAAGUGAUCCGCUGUGCAGCGAACGGCAACAAUGGAUGCACCGGUGGCGAUCCUUGCCGGCUGCUCCAGUGGCUGCAGGACGAGAGUUUCCACAUCGGGGUGGCUGACGCCUGUCCGUACCGUGGCAUGGCCGAUUCCGAGCAGAACUGUACCUUGCCGGGACUGGCGGCGAGCACAUGGGAUGCUGCUUACGAGGGAACCGUCGUACGAAGCUUCUCCUGCCAACGAUUCGAGAAUGAAGAGCACAGGAUGCUGCAUCACCUGGCCACCAGCGGGCCGAUCGUGGCGGCCGUGAAUGCGAUCUCCUGGAAGUAUUACCUCGGUGGCGUGAUACAGCAGCACUGCGAGUCGGGCGCAGAGCUGCUAAAUCACGCGGUCGAGAUCGUGGGCUACGAUCUCAACGCGACCGUGCCGUACUACAUCGUGAAGAACUCGUGGGGGACACGGUUCGGCAACCGGGGCUACGUCAAUGUGGCGAUCGGACGAAACGUUUGUGGAAUCGCGAACCGGGUCGCGUUCAUUGAGCUUGCCUGAGAGCCGUAAUUAGGACAUCGACACCAGCUUCAGU